AUGGCCAAGAAAGCGAAGUCACGCACUAUUUCCGUGCGCCUCAUCUCGAUGGCGAUGACGGGUUACUACCGCACGAUGAUCCGGCCUCGUGUCCACCGACCGCUUUCUAUGUUGAAGUACGAUCCUGUUGUUAAGAAGACGGUUCUUUUCCUUGAGGCGACCAAAGGUGGAAAGGCGAAAUAA